UGGGGGGGGGGGGGGGGGCUCAGGAGUUGUGGAGCGAGCCUCGGUCUCGACGCCUCCGUCGCGGGGGGCGCGCCAUGGCCGCCGCCGCCGCAGAGGGGUCUCUGUCAUCGUCCGCCGCGGCCGUACGGCCGCGAUGAGCCCGGCGGUCCGGGUGGGGGCCGCGCCGUCCUCGCCCGGCCGGGGCGCCAGGGUGGCGGCGGCGGAGGAGGAGGCGGUGCUCGCGUGGCGGGAGCUGCGGGGCGGGGCCGCGGCGCUCGCGGCCGCGGCCGAGGAGCGGGCGGCCCUGGCCCGCCGCAUCGAGGGCGCCCUCGAGGUGAGGAGGGAGGCGCUGCGGCAGGCGGAGGCGCUGGGCGAGCUGGGGCGGAGGCUGGACCUCCAGCGCGCGCGCGCGGAGGAGGCCGUCGUCGGCAGGAGGCGGGCGGCCGAGGCCGUCGAGCGGGGGAAGGAGCGGCUGCAGGAGCAGAUCGAGCGGGUGCUGCCGCUGUCGAGGGCACUCACCGCCGCGUACCACCGAGUGCAGGAAGCGAAGGAGGCGUUAUCUGGGGACAAGGCGAGGCUUGAGGAUCUGCAGAGGCUGCUUAGGACGAGGCAGCGGUGCAUGGUUGUCCAGGUUGCUGCCUUGUACCCUGUCAGGAUCUUCCAUGAUCUGCCACAGCAUGCAGAAAACCCUCGUGCCGAUACUAAUGGGGAGUGUGGAGCACUUUCAGAGGAAAAUAGAACACUUCCAGGAGCAUAUGGAACUCAUGUACCCAGCGUCAUUAAAUCUCCUCAAGUGCGUGGUUUGACGCUUUUUGGCUGGCAAAUUAUGAAGCCUAAAAGAAAGCAAAAGAAUUACAGUGACAAUGAGCUUCAGAGGUCUGCAACUGUUCUGGGGUAUGCAGCACAUGCAGUCUUGCUUAUUGCCUCAUAUCUCGAUGUUCCCCUCCGAUACCCUUUAUGCUUUGGAGGAUCCCGAUCUUAUGUGAGUGAUCGCUUGCCUUCAGCUGAAACAGCAUGCUCUGCUUCAGCAGAACAGGCAAGCACGCACAGCACCGAGUCUGAACUAACAGAAUACCCUCUUUUCCUCGAAUGCCAAGAAGACGACUCUGCUAGGGCCUCCUAUGCCAUUUAUCUGUUGCACAAGGAUACGGAGCAGCUUCUGAACUACAUUGGGGCAGAGAGCUCUGGGAGGCACGUAUUUGGUAACCUGCGAGAGCUUCUAAGGAUCGUACUGUCCAAUGAGUAUGUGUACAGAUGAUGGAUGGAUUCGGUCCGCGUGGUUCUGUAGUGCUUAUGCUGUAGAGAGGUGCCAUACAGAUGUAAGUAGGUGCUUUUUUUCCCCCUCUGUCGAUUCUUUGGUGUGAUUUUGCCCUAUUUCGCUGCGCCAGGUUUUUGUAUGCGCAGGAAAAAUAGGCAUAUUAGGUCCUGCUAGAUGAAAUGAAAUGGUGCUACAUUAUUACAUGUGUGGUGUCACAUGCGAAUCGGCAUCUACAUGUGCGCUUCUGGUUUCUCUA